AUGAAUGAGCUUUCACUUCUCAACUACCUGAUUGUAAAAGGCAGCGGCAAGGUGCUGGGGAAUGGGCCCGUUACCUUGGCAGGUGCUGCUAUUGGAGCUGAGUCAGAUUUCACUUAUUCAUUCCUCCCCAAGAUAAAUACGGGCUCUGAGUCAGAAUUGUCAGAGGGUUUAUUAACAAAGGAUGCAGGCUGGGGAACCGAGAGGAGGCUGCAGCAAUGCCCUCAUCUCUUUAUCCCGGACUUACCUGUGUUUCCUGAAGUUUCAGCGCCCAAUGUGUGUGAGGAAGAUGUUCUGGGUAUGAUUGGCCUUCCUCAGCCUUGUGUCCAGCCCUUCACUCGUACUGUAAAGCUAUGGAAGCAAGGCUGUACUGGACCAAGAUGGUGCAUGGAGUAUGUAAGAAGGACUGGCUACUACACUGUCUACAGACAGGUAUACAGCCUGCGGCAUCAGACAAUCUAUAGGUGUUGUCCUGGCUGGAGCCAGCGUCAAGAUGAGCCUGGAUGUCUGCAUGCCCUCUGCUCAGCAGGCCCUUGUUUCAAUGGAGGCCAGUGUCCAGAUGGAGAAGCCCAGGUGUGCCAGUGUUCGGUGGGGUUUCAGGGACCUCGGUGCCAAUAUGAUGUGAACGAAUGUGCCAUUGACAAUGGUGGCUGUCAAGAGCAGUGCUGCAAUACAAUUGGCAGCUAUUACUGCAAAUGCCAAGCUGGCCAGAAACUGAAAGAAGACGGGAAAGGCUGCAAAGAUGUCGAUGAAUGUGCAGUAGUGAACGGAGGCUGCCAGCAGAGCUGCAUUAACACUGAGGGCUCCUUCUACUGUGAAUGUGAUAUGGGAUACAGACUCCAUGCUGAUGGACGCACCUGCAUAAUGAAGGACCCCUGCUCCGGUGGACACAGAAGAUGCUCCCAUAUCUGUCGAAAUGAGCACGGCACUGCCAGGUGUGCCUGCCACCCAGGGUACCAUCUGUCUACAGACAAAAUGUCAUGCAAAGACAUUGAUGAGUGUGCAGAAGGCAGUGCUCAUUGUGCCCACAAUUGCGUGAACUCCAUGGGAUCUUUUACCUGUACCUGUAAUCCUGGCUUUGAACUUGGUGCAGAUGGAAGGCAGUGUUACCGGAUUGAAAUGGAAAUUGUCAAUAGCUGUGAGCAGAACAAUGGGGGCUGCUCUCAUCACUGUGAGCACUCAACUGGUGGGCCCCGUUGUUCUUGUAACCAUGGACACCGUCUUGAUGUGGAUGGAAAAACAUGCAAAGAUCUUGAUGAGUGUGAGAGUGGGCAAGCCUGCUGUUCCCAGUUCUGCAUCAACUAUUUGGGAGGCUAUGAAUGUGAUUGCAAAAUGGGAUUUCAGCUCAGUCCUGAUGGAUGUGGCUGUGAUGCUUUGGAUGAGGAGGAAUUAGAGGAGGAAGAAGAGGAAUUGGAAGUUGUAAGCUUCCCAGAUCUUCACUUCAGAAGACAUGCUCAACUGCUUACUUAUGCUGUUGCCCCAAAUCCCAAUUAUGAAGAUGAAGAUGAACUAGAGGAAAGAGAUAUUCGAGGAGAAUUCACUGUUUUACACAAAGUGGUCUGUUUAAAUGACACUUUUGGACAUGACUGCAGUUUAAUGUGUGAAGACUGUAUGAAUGGAGGCAAAUGCAAUGAGGAAAAGAAUCGUUGUCUCUGCUCAGCUGGCUGGGGAGGCAUCCUCUGUAAUGAAACUUGUCUUCCAGGGACUUAUGGACAAGAGUGCAAUAGCAUCUGUCAGUGUCAGAAUGGAGGUUCCUGUGACCCUAUAACAGCCCAGUGUCAUUGUCCCCCUGGAGUUCAUGGGAUGAACUGUGAAGAUGGAUGUCCUAAAGGGUUCUUUGGAAAGGAUUGCAAAAAGAAAUGUGUGUGUGCCCACAACAGUUAUUGUCACAGAGUCUAUGGAGUUUGCCUAUGUGACCCAGGACGUUAUGGUCGGUUUUGCCAUCUGACCUGUCCCAAGGGAGCCUAUGGAGCUGGCUGUUCUUCUGAAUGUCAGUGUAUGGAGGAGAACACCCUGGAAUGCAGUGCCAAAAAUGGUUCAUGCACCUGCAAAUCUGGUUACCAAGGCAACAGAUGCCAGGAAGGUAUAAUCUGAUGACCACUUCCUUUCUUCUCGUUAUUAAUGUUGCUUUCCAUUUUGUCAAACGCCCCACGGUCACUUAUUAGUUGAUCUACUAGUGGCCCCAGGAGGUGAGUCCACAUUAUUAACCCCCUGGAUAAAAGUGAGGAGAUGGGACAUGGAGCAAUGGACUAAUUACCUUCAUCUUCACAGUCUCUGGGUAAGCCUUAGUGAUGCAAGAAAGAUCCCAUUUCAGGGUAUCUUACACUAAGAAGAUUAAGGUGAAGAAAUCAUUAUAUUGUAUACUAAACAUUUAAGAGAACCCUGAGCUAGUUACCAUUUGGGCUCUGAAGAACCAUUUAUCCAACAAUUCCAGCAGACCUGAGUCACAGACUCCUAACCAUGGAAGAAUAAGGUUACAAACAGAUAGUGAUAAUUGUUUGUUUUUCUUUUCUGAAGCACGCAUUUGUUACAUAAAUAUCUUAUGGUCAAAAUACAUAGAGAAUACUGGACAGAGAAACCAGUUGAAAUGAUCUUAAGUCAUAUGAAGUCCUCAGGGACAGCAGAAUUUGAUUUUAACACUAGGCCUUGGAAAGGCAGAAGAACUGACCCUUAGUUCUUUUUUUUUUUUUUUUGGUAAGGCAAUUGGGGUUAAGUGACUUUCCCAGGGUCCCACAGCUAGGGAGUGUUAAGUGUCUGAGGCCAGAGUUGAACUCAGAUCCUCCUGACUUCAGGACUGGUGUGCUAUUCACUGCACUAUCUAGUUGCCUCUGACCCUUAAUUUUUGAUAGAUUGUUGAUAAUGGUUGAUUGGCCAUGGCAUGGCCAUAAGAAGAAGAGAUUUGGCCCAGUUGUCUCUCCUGUCCCUUUUACCUCUUUUUUAUUCCUUUGUCCACGCAAGCACGAUCCAGCCUGCAUCAGAAGUUUGGAUUUAGUUGUGUCUCUAAUUUAAUAGAGAUAUAAAUAGCAACUAAAUAGGUAGUUUCACUGGUAUAGGGACAACUCCCUUUUCAAGAAGACUAUAACAUUCUUUUCAAAUGACAGUUUUAGAAAUAUAUCGGGGACACUGUGAGGUUAAAUUAUUUGCUCAGAAUCCUAGAAAUUGCACUUGUGUGAGGCAAGAUUUUUUCUGUUUGUUUUUUGCUGAGGCAAUUGGAGUUAAGUGACUUGCCCAGGGUCACGCAACCAGGAAGUAUUAAGUGUCUGAAGCCAGAUUUGAACUCAGAUCCUCUUGACUUCAGGGCCAGUGCUCUAUCCACUGUGCCAUCUAGCUGCCCCAUGAGGCAAGAUUUGAAUCCAGAUAUUUUUAUAGUGUUGUAUAUAAAGGAUUUUAAAUAGAGGAUUUGAAAAACCAAGGAUUGUGGAUCUAGAGCUGGAAGGGACUUAAGAGGCCAUAUUUCCCAACUCUUUCAUUUUACAAAAUAGGAGACCGAGCCCCAGGCAGGUUAAAUAAUUUGCUCAGGGUGACAUAGGCAACAGCAGAUUCUGGAUUCAAAAUCAAGUUCUUCAACCCUGAAACUUGCAUACUUUCAACUGUACCAAAAUGGUUUAACUCUUUUAUGUGUCUUUUAUGUGGCUGCUAAGUGGCAUCCUAGUGCCCAGAAUUCUGGGACUAAUUCUGGGUUCUAAUGUGAACUCAGAUACUAGUUGUAUUACCCUGUACAAGACACUUAAUCUCUACAAGCCUCGGGUUUCUCAACUAUACAAUGGUGAUAAUAAUAGCAUCCUACCUCCCAGGGUUGUUGUGAGGAUCAAACAAGAUAAUAAUUGUAAAUUGCUUUGCAGUGCUUGACACAUAUUAAA